AACUUAUGCCAGAACUUCCAGAAGUAGAAAGAGCAUCCAACCUCAUCAGGACCGUUGGUCUAGGCAAGAAAAUUAUUCGAGUCGAGUCAUUUGAAGAUGCCAUCGUAUACUCCGGCACUACUCACACUGAAUUUGCUCGUGAAUUGACUGGAAGGACGAUAGAUAAUGUCGGACGUUACGGCAAAGUAUUCUAUCUCGAAUUGAGUAGUGGCGGUCGAAUGCCCGUCAUGCACUUUGGCAUGACAGGAAUGCUGCAGGCCAGUCGAAGUUUUGUCAAAGGACAAAUGGCAACGUACUAUAGAGAGACACCAAGGAAGGCAGACACAGACUGGCCUCCACGUUUCGCCAAAUUCAUACUGCACCUAGAACCUAUGUCUGACACUGGUCCGACGGACAUCAUAGAGCUAGCUUUCCUAGAUGCUCGCAGGCUAGGCCGAAUACGUUUAUGUACCUCGCCAACGAAAGAACCGCCAAUCUCUGAGCUGGGAUUCGAUCCAAUUCUGUCAAUGCCGUCCUUGGAAGAGUUCCUCAAGCUGGUUGUAAAACGGUCUUGCCCAAUCAAAGCGCUGCUUCUGGACCAAUCUUUCAGUGCUGGCGUUGGCAACUGGGUAGCUGAUGAAAUAUUAUAUCAUGCUCACGUUCACCCAGAGCAGAGGUGCAACACGUUGACGGAGGAGCAAGUGGCGGCCCUGCGCGACAAGAUGGUCUAUGUUUGUGAAACGGCAGUCGAAGCGAACGCAGAUGACACAAAAUUUCCUGACAAUUGGCUUUUUAAACACCGUUGGGGUAAAGGAAGAAAUACUGCACAUAAUUUGGCAUUGCCGUCUGGUAAACCUGCCACAAUCAAAUGGAUAUCGGUAGGUGGACGCACUUCCGCAUUCGUAAUUGAACUCCAAACUACUCCUACCGGGCCUGCGACAGGUAAGAAGAGGACCCAAAGGGGGGGAAAGGUACGUGCAUACCACCAAGUCAGCACGUUCCCUUUUUCAUCUCUCCAGAGAACGAAGGUAGGGGAAGACAGCGACUUGCCUCCUUUAACGGAAUCAGACUCUGAAGAGCGUCCCAUCAAACGCCUGACCCGAUCUCAUCGCCAGAAAACCGG